GUAAGAGAAAGGCAGCUAAACCCAAUAAAUAAAAAAAUUGUCUUUAACCCUCUCAUCUCUCUCUCCUUUUUGAUAAAAAAAAAGAUCUGAUUUUUAUAUUCUUUCCGGUAAAGGUUCUUCUGGGUUUGCCCGCUUCUUUAGUCAGAAUACCAAAAGUCCAUCAGAAGCAUCGUAAAAAAUCGAAACUUUGCUUGUAGUUCUCUUCGCAAUUUUUCUUUAUUUCUUCGCAGAAAUGAUGCAAUACCAGAGAUUAAUCAAAAAAGGGGAAAAGCUUAGAGUUACUGUUGAAGAAGAUGGUUCCGGAGCCACCGCUGUCUCCGUAGCGAGCGGUGGCUACUUGAAAAGAGUCAAUCAGAAGAUUCUAUUGAUUAUCUUUCUCUCUUUCCUCUUUUGCUGUUACAUCUUCAGCUUCUCCUCUUUCUCUCUUCUAGGUGCUUUUAGCAGAGAAAGUGUAGGAUUUGGUCCUUAUGAACCAUUCAUUGCUCCUCUAUGUUCAGGAAUCUCCAAUGGAACAAUUUGUUGUGACAGAAACGGUUUUAGAUCAGACAUUUGUAUCAUGAAAGGAGAUGUUAGAACACACUCUGCUUCUUCAUCAGUCUUCCUCUUCACUUCCCUCAAAAACAAGUCCAAAAUCCCUGAAAAGAUGAAACCUUACACAAGAAAAUGGGAAACAAGUGUUAUGGAAACAGUUCAAGAGCUCAAUCUCGUUUACAGAGAUGACAAUUCUUCGCUCUCUGGUGACGAACAUAACACCAUCUAAGAUGUAGUUUAUGAUGUCCCUGCAGUGUUUUUCUCCACUGGUGGUUAUACCGGAAACGUGUACCACGAAUUCAACGACGGAAUCAUCCCUUUUUCCAUCACUUCACAGCAUUUCAACAAGAAGGUUGUGUUUGUGAUCGUUGAGUAUCAUCGUUGGUGGGUUAUGAAAUACGGAGAUAUUGUUUCUCAGCUCUCCGAUUAUCCUCCGGUGGACUUCAGUAGCGACAAUAGAACUCACUGUUUCAAGGAAUCUAUCGUGGGGUUAAAGAUUCACGACGAGUUAACUGUUGAUCCAUCGUUGAUGCUUGGUAACAAAACGAUUCUUGAUUUCAGAAAUGUGCUGGAUCGAGCGUAUUGGCCUCGUAUCCGUGGAUUGAUUCAAGACGAGGCAGCGAACAAGACCGGUAAAAGGUUUCAAGAACUCGGUUUAAAAAAACCAAAGUUGGUGAUUCUGUCGAGAAACGGAUCAAGGGAGCUACUCAAUGAGAAUCUUUUGGUGGGUUUAGCUGAGGAUAUUGGUUUCUUUGUCGAGGUUUUGAGACCGGACAAAACAACCGAGCUGGCCAAGAUAUAUCGAUGUUUGAACUCUAGCGACGUGAUGAUCGGUGUUCAUGGAGCUGCGAUGACACAUUUGCUUUUCUUGAAACCGAGAACGGUUUUUAUACAGAUUAUACCAAUAGGAACCGAGUGGGCAGCUGAGACUUACUAUGGAGAACCAGCCAAGAAGCUGAGGUUGAAGUACAUUGGGUACAAGAUUAAACCGAACGAGAGCUCCUUGUAUGAUGAGUAUGGCAAAGAUGAUCCGAUAAUACGAGAUCCAAAGAGCUUUACUCGAAAAGGAUGGGAUUACACCAAGAAGAUGUAUCUCGAGCGCCAGAACGUGAAGCUCGACUUGAAAAGAUUCAGGAAACCGUUGUCUCGUGCCUAUGAUUUCUCGAUUAAGCGAAUUGGACCGGUGUAUAGUAGUUACUAACCGGAUGUAACCAUUUAA